AUGGUUUCUACUUAUAAUUUAUCAGAACUAAUAUUAAUUGAAGCAACUCCGGAACAAGUAAUCAUAACAAACCGUAAUUCUUUUGUUGAAUGGGGUGCACCACAUCUAACUUUAGAAGAAUAUCUCUCCCGAGAAAGGCUACUCUCUUCUCUUCCAUUUACAUCCAAAAAUUUUACAGUUUGGAUCCUAGUUCCUCGAUCAACGCCCGAGACAACAACGAACAUUCUUUCAUCAUGUGAAACAUUUAUACGUCCAGCGCUCGUUCAACCUUCACAAAAACUAUAUUGUUAUAGUAUAGCCUCAGUUUUUACACCACCUGAACAUAGGAAGAAUGGAUACGCAUCUUAUAUGAUGGAAAUGUUGGGAAAAAAAUUAAAAGAAAAUUUCCAAGGAGUUGGGUUUAGCUUUUUGUAUAGUGAUAUUGGAACAGAAUUUUAUAGCCGACUUGGUUGGAAAGUUUUUGGGCACAAAGAAAUCCAAUUUAAUAUUGAGAAUGAGAAUGAGAAUUUGAAUGAUAUUACCUCCGAUAUUGCCAAUGCAAUACCAUUAUCUUGGACAGAUGUUGAAGAUUUAACUAAAUAUGAUUGUUCUUUAAUAGAAAAUGAAAUUGUUGUUAGCUCUGCUAAAUAUGGAGCUGUCGUAUUGCCAACAUUUGAAUGUUUUGAAUGGUUAUUCGCGAGAACAAAUGGUGAUGAUCAAAUUAUUGGAUUUGUUAUUUGGACCUAUAAUUUCCAAGAAGAGAUUCUUCAAAUAUUGAGAUUUCGAUCUUUAAAUACUAAUGUAACUAAAUCGUUAAUUAAACGAGCAAAAUUAUAUGCUAGUCAUUAUAAUUUUAAAAAGAUUACAGUUUGGAAUCCAAAUUUAAAAUUAUUUACUGAUACCAUAAUUAUUGAAGGAGGUGAAUUAGUUGAAAGAACAAAAUCUCUUCCAUCAUUAGCCUGGUAUAAUAAUGACAAAGGAUUUAAUGAUGAUGUGGAGUGGAUCUUAAAUGAAAAUUAUGCUUGGUGUUAG